AUGCUUCUGGAGGAGGGAGCCGAUCCGGAUACCGGGUGUCCAAAGCCAGAAAGAUACAUCAACAUUGGACAUCGCAGGGUUCUGAACGAUAGCCUCUGGUCACCCGAAGAGUUUUCCACUAGGAAUUUCCCCCAGCAAGAAGCCGAGUUGCGAACCCUGCUUAGGCGCACGCGGCUGGAAAGACGCCGGGCGAAAUCGUCCAAAUCACAAGAGGGGGAGACUGGCACUGAGCACGUGUUGCGUAAUGCUGUGAUGGACACGCGAGCAAGAUUUGGCUACUCGAAAAGAGGCCAGGUGGGCCUUUCCAUCUAG